AUUUUGUUUUCCCCGAUGCCUAACCCAAGUGAGCAGUCGCGUUUCGGGGGUUCUCCAGGCCAGUGGGGUACAUUUUGGUCUGAGGACCAACGAGACGGGGCCAUAAGUCGCUGUCACUUCUGCGGAACCGUUCCCGACCUAAGGACUUCAUUGGCACAAAGCGGAGGUGGAAGCGGAGGUUACUUUCCGCAACACUCGGAUCUUCAGACACAGGUUCCGGUCCUCGGAUCGUCGGCGUGUGAUCCGGUUCACCAACCAGGGCAGCAACAGCUCACGAGUAAGGUUCCGCAGCUGGAUCUUGGCGACAACCUUUACUUCAAGCAAGCCAUGUCAGGCCGUGGCGCCGCGCCGCCUCAUGGUUAUUUUCAGGCCGCUUCGACGGGUCAACCACCUGAAGAGUCUGGCUUUUACAGGGAUAACCAGCACCUUCUCACGAGGUCAGCCUCGCAUUACGGACAGAGCGCGAGGGGGUUGAAGCCUCUAUGGGAUCAAGCGAGAGUCGCACCUUCCGUGCAGGCCUCUGGUUCGACACCUAUCCCUGUGCCUCCACCCCCGCCGCCUCCUCCCCCACCGCCUCCUCCCCUUCCUGUCCAUGAGCUGAGCCGUUUGUACAGGGAAAGUCUGGGAUCUAAGAUUAUCUUGGACGCUCAGCGCAUUGCUGGCCGCUCCCUUUCACCCGCAAACUACGGACCUCAGCCCCAUCUUCCCAAUUACGGCGCUGAGCAGUCUGUCUCUGCUCAGCAAACAUUAAACCAUUUCAGAAGCUUGUCCCUGGAACCCCGUCAGUCGGCUGCCACCGAUUCUGCGGGGGACCCGACUUCGCAGGGAAUGGACGGCACUCUCCCUCGUGCUUACGGAGCCGUAGCCUCCCAAAGACAUCCUUAUGAGACGAACUAUGAUCCUAGUGCAGCCAUGAUGGCUGCCACGGCAGGAAUGUCCUCCGGAUUUCCUCCCCACCACCCCAGUGCUGCGGACCCUAAGAGGAUGGUGGAUCCUUCCUUUUUGGCUUUUUUGCGAGCUGAAGGUCUGGCUGAGAGUACCAUCACUCUCCUGCUGCAACAUGGCUUUGAUUCCCUCUCCAUGCUGGGUAUGAUGGAAGACCAUGACGUCCGCUCGGUCGCUCCCAACUUGGCCCAGGCCCGCGUUCUUUCCCGUGUCGUGUUGAAUUACAAGAGUGCUGGAACGGCACCGCGUGCCCGAUCCAACAGCUUCAGCCACCGCAACGACUAUUACGUACCGCCCCAAGGUUUGAGCAUGGAUCCCGGCCUGAUGCAGCAACCCCCCACAACUAUUCAAACGAUGUCCCCCAGAUUGGGGGAAUUUCUCGGGAGAAGACCCAGCAGUGCUCCGUCCCAACACCUUUUGGAGACCACCGCUUAUCCAGCACCACGCCCCCUGGCAGCUGGAGCUUUACCAGUCAGUCCCGUAGGAUAUAGCAGCGCCAUACCCCAAGGUAGACCAAUUUCCAUGUACAACGCCCACACCGGCCUCGCUAUGUCUGCUCUUGGCCAACAGCCCCUUCCUGCCGCGGGAUCUCCUGGAGCUGCGCCCAAAACCUUCUCAGGCUCUUACUCCCCCAUGGAGCUGAUGAAACGAGCCCCCAACCUCCCCCCGGCUUCGCCCAUAGCAGCUCCGAGCCCUAUUCACAGCCCGCAACUCCUCCGGAAAGGGAUCAGUGCCGCUCCCGAGGCUAACGUCGUUGCCACGGCUUCCUCCGCCUCUCUCCAAGCGCAAAACCUCAACAACACCAAGUUGGUCGGACGCCGCACGGGUCCCCCAGUCAUUGUCUCGACCAUGACCACCACACCUGACACAAGCAUCCGGCCCCAGAUCAUGAACGGGCCCAUGCACCCGCGCCCGUUAGUGGCGCUGCUGGACGGACGCGACUGCACGGUGGAGAUGCCCAUCCUCAAAGACCUAGCCACCGUCGCCUUCUGCGACGCGCAGUCCACGCAGGAGAUUCACGAGAAGGUGCUGAACGAAGCGGUGGGGGCCAUGAUGUACCACACCAUCACGCUGACCAGGGAAGACCUGGAGAAGUUCAAAGCACUGCGCAUCAUCAUUCGCAUCGGCAGCGGAUACGAUAACAUCGAUAUCAAAGCGGCCGGAGAGCUCGGCAUCGCAGUGUGCAACAUCCCAUCCGCGGCGGUGGAGGAGACGGCCGACUCCACCCUGUGCCACGUGCUUAACCUGUACCGGCGGAACACGUGGCUCUACCAAGCUCUCCGCGAGGGCACGCGGGUCCAGAGCGUGGAGCAGAUCCGGGAGGUUGCGUCCGGCGCUGCGCGCAUCCGCGGGGAGACCCUGGGCCUCAUCGGAUUCGGUCGUUCUGGGCAGGCGGUGGCGGUGCGCGCCAAGGUGUUCGGCUUCAACGUGCUGUUCUACGACCCGUACCUGCAGGACGGGCUGGAGCGCUCGCUGGGCGUGCAGCGCGUCUACACACUGCAGGACCUUCUGUACCAGAGCGACUGCGUCUCCCUGCACUGCAACCUCAACGAGCACAACCACCACCUCAUCAACGACUUCACCAUCAAACAGAUGCGUCAGGGAGCAUUCCUCGUAAACACAGCCCGGGGCGGCCUGGUGGACGAGAAGGCCCUGGCCCAGGCCCUGAAGGAGGGGAGGAUACGCGGGGCCGCCUUGGAUGUCCAUGAAACGGAGCCCUUUAGCUUUGCUCAAGGCCCCCUGAAAGACGCGCCCAACCUGAUCUGCACACCUCACACGGCCUGGUACAGCGAGCAGGCGUCCCUGGAGAUGAGGGAGGCCGCCGCCACGGAGAUCCGAAGAGCCAUCACAGGCCGCAUCCCGGACAGCUUAAGAAACUGCGUCAACAAGGAGUUCUUCGUCACCACGGCGCCCUGGGCCGUGAUGGACCAACCCGCCGUUCAUCCCGAACUCAACGGUGCAGCCUACAGAUACCCACCGGGCGUGGUGGGCGUGGCACCAGGCGGCCUUGCCGGGGCGCUAGAGGGCAUGGUGCCCGGCGGGGUGCCCAUCGCCCACACCCUGCCCUCCGGUACCCACCCCUCGCAGGCCCCGUCGCCCAACCAGCCUUCCAAACACGGCGAGCCCAGAGAGCACCUCACCGAGCAAUAGCGGCCAGAACGGACCACCAGGACCCCCCACCCCUCUUCAUUCCCAGCCCCUUGCAGCACCCCCCCUCCCUCCCUUCAACCGGGACCAAGAGACAGUGCCCCCAUUCUGACAGGUUCCAGUGGAAUUUGUACUUGGAACAUCUUGUUUAUAUAUUUUUAUUUUUCGGGGGGGGGGGACUGCAGUCUUGGGAACAUGCAUCAGCAACCCAGCGUCUAUUUUUUUUUUUAAACCCUUCUCUACCCCCAAGCCGCCACCCUUUGACCCAGCCAUCUUCUCCAACUAAUGUGUGUUGUUUAGGCCCCAUAGUUGUAAACACUUCAAAGUCAGCUGAAAAUCAAUUAGUGAUUAGUAAAACAAAACAUCGUGCACUUGAUUGUUGAUUAAUUCCAAUGUGAUGACAACGUUAACGACUCAGGAAUACCCCGCCUCUUUUUUUCCUCAGUUUUCUCCGAGACCUGGGGGAAGAACUGACAAAAUACAAUUCCCAUCUCCAGUCCAGUGUUUGAAGACUUUGACAGAGUCCUGUUAGAUUGCUGUCACUUAGUUGGAUGUUCCUAUAAAGCCUCGUCACGUGUGUCCCCACUUACUCCUCCUCCUUCUAUUUUCUUUGUUCAGGCUCAUCCUGUACUCUUGUCAAAAGCAAUAGCGGAAAACUCCCGUCUGUAGUUUGGCAUAGCAGAGCGAGGCAGCCCCCCCCCCUGGAAAGUUUGCUUUUGUUUUUAGCGUGAGUAUUUGUAUUUGUUUCUUGUAUCAGGUGAACAUUUAGCAUUCAGUGCAGUUCCAAUAAAAAAA